AAGAAGAGAAAGCUCCCCUCUUCAGCCCCCACCUUCUCUCUAUUUUUAGACUGCACUGUCUAGUGGUUUGCCUUAAGUGUCAUAUUUUUCUCAUUUCUUGGUCCAUUGUGUUUCUUUAGCCUUUGUUUGCCUGUGCGAUGCAAACUGUCUAUUUAUUGAUUUCAUCAAUAAAGAAUGUUAGGGAGGUGUGAUUGUUGGAGGAGGAGAAAAGGGUAUUUUGGUCUUUGUGUUUGGGAGAUGCCCAGAGAUUGGAAGCACUUGUAAGCACAAUCAGUGACUUGAUUCCUUCCCAUUCACAAGAACUCAAGAAAAUUGAUAAAGCAGCGAUCUUUGGGAAAGAUUUGAGGGGGUCGGAUUGUAGAAACCAGAGAAGUACAUGAAGGAGCAGUGGAACAAUGAGAGAUGACAAUUUCAAGAAAAGCAAGCUUUCUUGGUCAAAGAAAUUGGUGAGGAAGUGGUUCAACAUCAAGGGAAAGAGUGAGGAAUUGCAGGCUGAUGAAUUUGCUAAUGGAGGAGGUUGUGAUGAGUGGAGAAAUAGCUUUCCUGAGAGGGAGCCAUGGAAUUUCAAGAAGAGUAGAAUUGAGAAAUCAAACCGCAGUAUGGAGAGGCCUCGACAGAAGAGAGAUGAUGUCGAUCAUCAUCCUCAGGUCAUAAAUGUCCAGAAUUACAGUGUGUUCGUGGCUACGUGGAACGUGGGAGGCAAAGCUCCUUCAAGUAACCUGGUUCUUGAUGAUUGGCUUCAUUCUGCACCACCUGCAGAUAUUUAUGUUCUUGGAUUUCAAGAAAUAGUCCCACUGAAUGCGGGUAACAUUUUGGGGGCAGAAGACAACGGGCCUGCGAAAAAGUGGCUAUCUUUGAUACAGAAGACUCUUAACAACAGCCAAGGGAGUAGUGGGUACUACACCCCAUCUCCAGGCCCCAACCCAAUCCCAGAGUGGAAUGCUGAUUUUGAAGGGUCCUCCAAACAGAAAGCUUCGUCCUUGUUUCCGCGGCGUUCAUUCCAAACCCCACAAUGUUGGAGAACAGAAAAUGACCCUUCUAUCCCUCUGCCCCGCCUGGACCGACGCUACAGUGUUUGUGACCGGGUCAUUUUCGGUCACAGGCCGAGUGACUCUUCCUCGUCUAGUCAAAGACCGAGUGACUAUUCUUCGGGCCAUAGGCCCAGCGACUACUCUUCUGCUCAUAGGCAGAGUGACUAUUCGUGGGGGCAGAGGCCCAGUGACUUCUCGAGAUGGGCUUCAUCGGAUGACGAUUUUGGGCCCGGAGAUUCACCCAGCACCGUGCUGUUUUCACCUUCAGCUGGGGGUGCUGCACCAAUGGAAGAAGGGUACAAAAUGCCAAGGAGUAACACAAGGUACUGUUUGGUUGCAAGUAAACAAAUGGUUGGGAUUUUUCUCACGGUUUGGGUUCGUAGCGAGCUCAGAGAACACGUUCGGAACAUGAAAGUUUCGUGUGUUGGCAGAGGAUUGAUGGGCUACCUUGGAAAUAAGGGAUCAAUAUCAGUCAGCAUGUCAUUGCACCAGACAAGCUUUUGCUUUGUGUGCACACACUUGACAUCCGGUCAGAAAGAAGGCGAUGAACUGCGCAGAAAUUCUGAUGUCAUGGAAAUCCUAAAGAAAACAAGGUUCCCACCUGUUAAUGGCGCGAGUAGUGAUGAGAAAUCCCCAGAAACCAUACUAGAACACGACCGAAUCAUUUGGUUGGGUGAUCUGAACUACCGAAUUGCACUCUCUUUUCGAUCUGCUAAAGCACUCGUUGAGAUGCAGAAUUGGAGAGCUUUGCUAGAGAAAGAUCAGCUCCGUAUAGAACAAACGCGAGGUCGUGUCUUUGCAGGGUGGAAAGAAGGAAAAAUAUAUUUCCCACCAACUUAUAAAUAUUCGCGCAACUCUGACAGAUAUGCGGGCGACGACAUGCAUCCUAAGGAGAAACGCCGAACACCCGCAUGGUGUGACCGGAUCCUAUGGUAUGGAGGUGGUCUUCAGCAACUGUCUUAUGUCCGUGGAGAAUCAAGAUUCUCGGAUCACCGACCCGUAUCCAGUGUGUUCAAUGCUGAGGUUGAAUCCGUCCCGACCCGUUUAAGGAAAAGCAUGAGUUGUUCAAACACAAGGAUUGAAGUAGAAGAAUUGUUGCCUUACUCACAUGGCUAUACAGAAAUCUGCUUCUUUUGAGGAUUUCAUAGGAAGGAUAGCAAGCAAGAAUCAAUUUUUUGGUAGGUAACAAGUUUGAAGAAACUCAAAAAGAAAGGUGAUUAGGGGGGGACAGUGUUUAGCCCACUAACCAAAAAGAGGUGUAGAUAUACUAAAGAUUGAUUUUUGAUUGAUGGCUAACCAAACACAAAUAACAACAUUUGAAGUAGGAGAUUAAGGAGUAUAAUACCAGCAGCCAGCUUUUUUUUUUCCAUCUCCCACUGUGGUUCCCUUUUUUUUUCAAACCUCACUUGGCAGUCAUUUUUCCUCUGCUAUGUAAGGAUUAACUGAUAAGGUUAAAGGGUCUGCCAAGUGGGCAAUUGGCAAUGAUUGAGUUUCAAGAUUUUCUUUCUAAUUUUUUUUGUGUGUAGGAUAAUUGAGAUUCAAAAAAACAUACAGUAGAAUGUGAAAGAUGAUAAAAAUAAUCAUUCUUUCUUUGAGGUUCUUUGUUCCCACUUUAGCUUUCUUGGUUUUUGGUUUUUAAUGCUUUGAGAAGUAAAGAUCUGGUAAUUUGUAACCCUGACAGAGAAAAUGUAAUGUAUUGUAUAUUUUCUUUUUUUUUUCUCCCCUUUUUUUACACUGUAACUCCUAUAU